UGGCAACGCAGCCAAAUCUAGUUCACUAUAAAAUCUGCACCGAUCGGGGACAGCAGGGCAGCAGAGCAGAAUUGUAAUCUGAAGCAUCUGAGAAACAUUAAUAUUGGGCACAGAACAUCAUGGAGACCCCUUUUACAAGUCAGCAAACCUACGUAGAUGAAUUUAAAUCUUCAGAUUACUUCAAAACGUACUAUGUAGCAGAAGGAGCAAUUGCAAAUGAAGAAUGGACAGAUUUUGCCUUGCGGACCCUGCACGAAACAUUCACUAAAGGUGGAGUAAAAGGAGACACGAUAAUAGAUUUUGGUGCCGGACCCGCCAUUUAUCAACUUCUCUCAGCUUGUGAAGUAUUUGAUAAAAUCAUUACUUCUGAUUACCUUGAACAAAACCGUGCUGAAUUGCAAAAAUGGCUGAAGAAGGAUCCCGGUGCUUUCGACUGGACCCCAAUCAUAAAAAUUGUGUGUGAACUGGAAGGAAACAGGGAGAAUUAUGAGAAAAAAGCUGAAAAACUCCGCAGUAAAGUGAAAGAAGUCCUGAAAUGUGAUGCCUUGAAAAGAAAUCCUUUUGAUCCCAUUGUCCUGCAACCUGCUGACUGCCUCCUUACUUGUCUCUGCCUUGAAGCUCCUUGUGAAGACAUUAAGUCAUAUUGCAAUGUUCUGAAAAAUUUCAAGGAUCUGAUUAAACCUGGAGGUCACUUAGUGAUCUUGAGUGUGCUAGAUGCUACAUUUUACUAUGUUGGUGAUAAAUAUUUUUCCAGUAUGACCACAAGAAAGGAGGAGCUAGAGCAGGCUUUAAAAGAGGCAGGAUAUGAAAUUGAAAAAGCUGUCUAUACUUCUCGUAAAGACAGAUCAAACAUGGAUGUUGCCGAUUACCAAGGCUUCUACUAUAUUCAUGCCCGAAAACCAAAGUAAGGUGAACUGCCCUGGCAUCAUUAGGUGCCCUUGAUCUAUAUCCACAUAUAAUCUACAUAUAUAGUACUUUAGGUGUGUUCUAGACAUAGAGUGGGAACUUUAUUAAAGGGAAUAUGUCACGUCAUUUUCACCUAUAUAACAGCAUUGCCCCACAGAAGAUUACAAACACAAUCCACGUACCUGUGUGAACUUUGUGUCUUUAUUCCAUGUCCAGAAAAAGUGCUUUUAUUCUGCUGCAAAACAGCUCCCAUGUGCCCGGCUGGGUGGCGUUUGCUGUUCCAAGUGCCCAAAGCAAACUAAGAGCAGAGGGCUGCUUUAGCUGAUCAUAUUUUAGGGUUGGUAGCAGCUAGAGGUCUGGCCCAAUAUCAAAUACCAGAACCACUGCUUUAUAUCGAUUACAUCGGAAGAUAUAGCUGUUAGAAAUAGAGAUGACAGAGAAUGCAGGUUUCACUGAUUUCACUCCUGACUUGAUUUCUAACAGCUAUAUCUUCCAAUGCAAUAUACUGCUGCGAUUCUGGUGUUUGAAAUGUGUUUGCCAUCUUAUGUGGGGCAAUGCUGUUAGUUAUAUAGAUGAAAAUAUGACCUAAAAGAUUCUCUUUAAGACUGGCAUUUCAUAUUCCAGUCUUAAAUAUGCUGAAGAAAGAUUUGCCAAAUUUAUUAAGGAGUGCAGGCCUCUUAGUAAAUUUUAUUUGGUGCAUCUUCAACAGUCCAUGUGCACAAAUGCAAAUCUGUGCCAACUAUAAGCUUGGAUGGAUUUCAGCUAUAUGUUAUCAGUUUCUGGCAUAUAUUAUAGUUGCAGGCAGGCCACAGAUGUCACUCCUCCUCCCACUAAACCCCCAAAGUUGUAAAUGGCAUUAAAGGGGUUUUCCGAGAGUUUUUACUGAUGAUUUAUCCUCUGGAUAGGUCAUCAGUAUCUGAUCCAUGGGGGUCUUACAUCAGGAACCCCUGACGAUCAGAUGUUUGAGAAGGCAGCAGCCCCGCAGUAGCGCCACAGCCUUCUCUCUUCUUACCAAGCACAAUUCUGCACAUGGUAUAGCAGUUGUGUUUGGUAUCGCAGCACGGCUCCAUUUACUUUAAAUGGGGCUGACCUGCACCUAGGUGAACAUCAUGUCACACGGUCUAGGAAAUGCUGGAGAAGGCUGAAGCGCUACUGUGAACGCCAGUGCCUUCUUAAACAGCUGAUCAGCGGCGGUCCCAUGUGUAAGACCCCCACUGAUCAGAUACUAAUAACAUAUCCCAGAAUAGUUUGAUACAGAUAAGGCAUGGUACUCUUGUCUGAUGUUUCGGUGGUGCUUGUUGCGCUGACUUCCCAGCCAGAAUCGUAUAAUAACGGAAAAACAGCACUCUGAUGAAUACUUCUGUUUAGACUUUUUAUUAUGCAGGGCAACUUUACCAGAAAUGUGACGUUUCGGUCAUAAGACC